AGAUACACAGCGAUAUGUCCGUGUAUUGGUGCAGCUGGUGUACGUGUUAAGCAACACAUCAGAAUGAGUUUUACAUUGAACUGUCAUCGUGAACAAAAGAAACGACAGAGCCAAUCAUACCGUAUUCGUGUUUCAGCUUGUUGUGUACGAUAUUUUUCUUCUUCUUAUUCGGUUUGUGUGUAUACAUUCGAGUAUUUUACGUCGUCGCCUGGAUAUUCUAUACAGCACAGCACCGAACAUUGAAAGUCACAACAGGAAAAUAUCAAACGAAACCUGUUACUUAGUUUACAUCAUGCGAAUUUGUUUAGUUUGAUUGCGACGACUUCCCAAUCUCGUUUAGAAAUAAUAUUUACCUCGUAUGGAACAAACGUGAAUGCAGUAAAAAUUUUAAAAUUAAAGUGAAAGUGACAUAAUGUGUUGCAAUCCAAGCAUCUGAUUGAAUAAUUUUCGGUGUUUUGUAAUUUGACUGUAUUCGGACAUAUUGAAGAGUUUUUUUCGUUGAUUUUUCUUUGUGCGAAAAAAUUUAAGAAAUUGCUCUAAUAAAUUCCGGAGUUUGUUACACUUUGACACGUAAAGCGAAGAGAUAUUGCGUUUGUUGUAAAACGUUUAGCCAUCUGAAAACAAGGAAGUACACAGUAAAACGUAUAGGGAAAAAAUGUCUUUGAUGACGAGCGAAAUUCCGUCUGAUAGCGAGACAAUGGUGAUAACAGAAAGUAAUAAACGGAAAUUCGAUGAAAUCGAUGCCGUUUUGAAAAAAUGUAAACUUGAUUCACCAACGACGACCACAUUCGCCGACGAACAGUCAAAUUCCAUACUGACUGAUGUGACCGAUGACAAUGAAUCGUCCGAUUCAUCGGAUCAUCGCAGCGAUAAACCGACGGCAUACACAGCAGCAACAGUGCUAGAUAAUUGUGAUAAUGAAGAAGAGAAAAAAGAAGCGGAACACGCAGCCAUUGUCUGUCCACAGUAUGGACAAGUGGUGAAUCGGCGAGAGUUCAGACGGGCUGGCCCUUACAUUAUUGGCCUGAAACUUGGUCAUAGUCCAGUUGAUAGCAUCGUUCAGUAUUUGGCCAAAAAGGAAAACACCAACGAAUUCGUACAACUAAAGAUUUUGAUGUUGAACAACAACACAUCGAAUGAAAAAUUGCAACGAGAUGAACGCCAGGGGAAAAUGCUGUUGCACACGGAAUUCUCGCUGCUUUCAUUGCUUAAAAAUGAAAAAGGUGUCAUUCAACACCAUGGAUUGUUUAGUGAUAUGGCGCAUGAAGAGGUAUUGCCUGAUAAUGGCAGUAAUAACAAUUGUUACACCGGAGCAUUGAGAAAACGACUGAUUUUAGUGUUAGAUUGUGUGACACCGCAUGACUUUGAGCCGCAGUCAUCGGCGUAUGUGAAUUUGCAACAGUACUUAAUUCAUCGCCGUAAACUAACCGAAAUGGAAGCGCUGACAAUCUUUUACGAGAUUGUUACGGUGGUGGAGAAUUUACACAAGCGGAAUAUCAUUCAUCGCGACUUGAAACUGGGAAACAUUGUGCUCAACAAGUCCACCAAUAAAAUUACCAUCACAAAUUUUUGCUUGGGCAAAUAUUUGCUCAACGAAAAUGACCUGUUGUACGAUCAAAGAGGCUCACCCGCAUACAUUUCACCCGAUGUGCUUUGCGGUAAACCAUACAAGGGCAAACCAUCCGAUAUGUGGGCCCUUGGCGUUGUUCUUUUUAUGAUGCUCUAUCGUCAAUUUCCCUUUUUCGAAUCCACACCAACGGCACUGUUCAAAAAAAUCAAAUCGGCUGAAUACUUCAUUCCAAUGAAUUGUGAAAUGUCCAAGGCAACUGAACAAAUCAUCAAAGGCCUACUUCAAUUGAAUCCCGAAAAACGAUUGACAGCGACACAAGUGCGCGAACAUCUGAAAGCCAUUAUCGAUUCGCACAAUGGCGUUCGUAAUUCCGAUCAUUUUGUCCCCGAGUUGGAAGUUAACAAUGAUGAAAGCAGCCAUCAGCCGAUUUUGCCUGAAAUACCCUUCAAAGACAAGUGGAGAAAGACACUUUCCUACAACGCAAACGAUCAGGUUGUGCCAACGAUGUCAGCAUCAAAUCCGGUUCCAAUACCUGCAUCACGAAAACGUAGACGAUCCACCGAUAAGCUGUUGAAUGAAAUAUCACAACGUGGAAUUUCGGUGCAGCAUGUGGCAAAUGAUGCGAGACAGUUGAAUGCCAAUGACAUCGGUCAGCUUCAACACAUCCUCCGUUCGCAUCGUAGUCGAUUAGGUCAAUUGGCAUUCCGACAGUCCUUGCGAACAACAGCAGCCGCACAUCUUCCGCCAACUGCAAAUGCCGCAGACGAUCGGAAUCGGUCAUCGGCCAUGUCUGCCCUUCUUCGCCAUUUGCCCAACAUUCAAAUCCCCCAAAAUAACACCGACAACGACCGGUCAUCAAACCGAAUCAUUUCGCCCAGUAUUCCUCGUGUUGAGAGAUCGCCACAGCAAACAACGAACGGAUCGAAUUGGCAGUUUCUACGAGUUGGCAACACAGCGCUGACUGAAUUGUAUCGAUGCGCGGUGGCAUCACGAAGUCAGCAAACAUCUGAUGCUAGUCGUCAAAAUGAUCAAGUGCGUUUGAUUCGUCGUGUACGAAGAGCUCGCCCAAGCACCAACAACCAAGGUGGCCGAUAACCAAAGAACCAUAAUGGUUGAAAUCAUUAAACCAUUUAUCACUUAGUUAAUUAUCAUAUACGAAAUGAUUCAAGCCGAUUUUUCCAUUGCUCACAUUAGCUUUACAUCAUCUAAUUUGUAUUAACGUUGCAUUACACGUUUUUUACUAUUAAAAUACCCUACGUAUUGAAUCAUGAAUUUAUGUCGUCAUUCUAAAUUUAUGGUUUUUUUUAGACCAAUUUGCUCAAGAGAUCAGACUGAUUGCUUUUGAUUCCGAAUUUCGUGUAGUUACAAUUUUGUUAUUUUAUCGAACAAUUCGAUCACCUUUUUUUUCUCAGAAUAAAUUAUAUACAAAAUCUAAAAAAA